ACCUACCUGACGGGAAUGCCGGCCAAGCGCCGCAAGACCAUGCGGGGUGACGGCCCCCAGCUGCUCCUCUCCGAGGCCGUCAGCCGCGCCGCCAAAGCCGCCGGCGUCCAGCCCCUGAGCGGCAGUGAGAGCCUGAGCCGGGAGCUGGCCGAGCCGGCGCUGCAGGAGGGCUACCGGCAGCAGCUCCGUGCCGACCUCCAGAAGCGGCUGCAGGAGGAUCCCAGUUUCAGCCCCCAGCGAUUCCCCAAUGCCGACCGCGCCUUCGGGGAUGAGGCCUAGGGGCGCCUGUGCCUUCCCGCCCCCUAUUUAUCCCCUGCCCCCUGUCUCCAAUAAAGCUGCUUGGUGUCAG